AUGUAUUCGCUCAUCCCGAUCCUUUCCUUGGCCGCCACCCUUCUAGGGGGAGUCUCUGCCGCUCCAGUCUUAGAGGCACGAGCAGCCGCCAGAACUUCUGCGCCAUCCGGUGCUGUCGUAGUCGACAAGACUGGUGCUACACCAGGAUCAUACACCACCUUUCAGCAAGGUGUAAAUGCUCUCUCUACCACCACCACAGCCAAUCAAUAUCUCUUCAUCUACCCCGGCGUUUACACUGAACAAGUCUACGUCCCACUCCUUCAAUCCAACCUCACAAUCCAGGGUUAUACCGAAGAUGCAACCACAUAUGCUGGUAACCAAGUCACUCUUACCUACAACCUUGCUCUCCUAAAUACUAUCAACGAUGAUAUGACAGCUACUUUACGUCAAUGGAACACCAACACCAAAGUCUACAACCUCAUCAUCCAAAACACAUUCGGUCACGUCAACUCAAAUGGUCAAAACCUCGCUAUUUCUGCACACACCACAAACCAAGGAUACUAUGCUACUCAAUUCAUUGGAUAUCAAGAUACCAUCUUAGCCAACACCGGUACUCAACUCUAUGCCAAAUGUCUUGUCGUCGGUGCCAUCGAUUUCAUUUUCGGACAAACAGCUCAAGCCUGGUUCGAGAACAACGAUAUCCGUACUAUUGCCGCUGGAAGUAUCACAGCUUCCGGACGUUCCUCCGACACUAACCCAUCUUGGUAUGUGAUUAACAACUCGAAUGUGGACAACAUCAAUUCUACCGUCGCUACAAACAACAACUACUUGGGACGCCCAUGGUCCGACUAUGCAAGAGUCGUUUUCCAAAACACCUACUUGGGAAGUAACAUUAAGGCUGCUGGAUGGAGUACUUGGUCUACUAGCACCCCAAACACUGAUCACGUUGUUUUUGAGGAAUACAACAACUCAGGACCCGGUGCCGCUGGACCCCGAGCAAGCUUCAGUUCUUCCAUCACUUCACCCAUUGCCAUCGAAACAGUAUUGGGAAGCAGAUACUUGAACGAAUGGUGGGUCGAUGCCAGUUACUUGUAG